AUGGCAGUGCUGCUUGCUGCCAGACCCCCACGGCAGAGCUUGUUUUUCCGGGAUGGCUGUGACAGCAGGGAACUGGAUCAGCUGUCCCAUCCAAAGCCCCUCCCUGCUGUGCCCCCAGACCUCUGCAGUGUGCCCCCCGAGAUCCUGGUCCCAGCUGCCAACGAGACGCUGGACCUGGCGCUGGGGAGCCGGGUCGUGCUGAACUGCACCGUGCGCUGGGCCGGGGCCGAGAGCUGCCGGCCCGUCCCUGCCUGGAGCAAGGAUGGGCAGUGGCUGGGCAAYGGGAGCAGCCAGGACACCUCCUGGUCUGCCCAAAACACCUCAGAUCAGCUCCUGGCCACCGUCCUGCACCUCAACCUCACCCACGAUGACGACUUUGGGGUGUUUGCCUGCUGGCUCAGCAAUGCCACAGCCACCUUCACCCUGCAGCGAGCGGAGACAGCGGGGCACGUGCCGGCGGUGCUGGCAGCCCUCCUGGUCCUGGCACUCCUGGUGCUCCUGGCUGUACUCUACGUCCGGUGCCGCCUGAACGUGCUCCUCUGGUACCGGAACCGCUACGGCGAGCUGGAGAUCAACGACGGGAAGCUGUACGACGCCUACGUCUCCCACGCCACCGCCCCCGACGACCGAAAGUUCGUCCACUUCAUCGUGAAGCCGCAGCUGGAGAACCGCUACGGCUACAAGCUCUUCCUGGACGAGCAGAACAUCCUGCCCAACUCAGAGCCAUCAGCCGACCUGAUCAUGAAUGUCAGCCGGUGCCGGCGCCUCAUCGUGGUCCUCUCCGUGGCGUACCUGGAGCAGGAUUGGUGCAACAGCAGCUUCAGGGAAGGGCUCUGGAGGCUGCUGGAGCUUUCCAGGAAACCCAUCUUCAUCGUCUUCGAGAGCCAGUACCGGGAGAUCACCCACCCUGCCAUCACCCUGCUGAAGCAGCACCGGAGCACCGUGACCCUGCUGGUGUGGCGAUCCGGCUCCAUGACCCCGUCGUCAGACUUCUGGAAGGAGCUGUGCCUGGCCCUGCCACGCAAGGUGUCCUUCCAGGGGAGCGUGGGGGACCCGCAGACCCAGCUGCAGGAGGACAAGGACCCCAUGCUGAUCCUACACAGUAGCUACCUGGACAGCACGGGAGACCUCGACCCAGAUGGGGACCUUGGCACAGGCCUCCGAGGGCGCAUCUUCGGCAGCCCCCCGGCCCCCCGCCUGGGCGCUCCCAGCACUCCGGCUGUCAGUGGGACGGAGGACGUGCAGCUCCGGGACAGCCACAGGCCCGAGAUCGACGUCUCGGACCUGGGAUCGCGCAACUACGGCGCCCGCACGGAUUUCUACUGCCUGGUGACAGAGGAUGACAUCUGAGCAGAGCCACAGGCCAGAGACACGGUGUUCCCUGUCCCUGCAGGGACACCCAGACCAGGUCAUGGCAGAGGAGCCCGGGCAUUAUGAUGGGACCAGAGCCACGGUUGUGGUGGGAGAGCAGGAGCUGGCUCUGCGGUGGAAAACCGUCCCUAGGAACGCCCUGCCCACAGUACCACCCCUGGGUGCUGUGCCCCGUCCCUCGCCGUGGGCGGCAGGGACAUUCUUCCUGCGUGAUGGACGAGCGCUGGGAUGGGCGAUGCCCUCCAAGGAGCAACUGUGCCCCAGCCCCAGGGAGUGCCAGGCGGGAGUGGCGGC